UGGAGACACAUGCGCGCUGCCUGCCGCCGCAGUCCUUAGCUUCCCAGGGACAGGAAACCUUCGAGACUGAGCUGCCACUGCCGCCUCCCCGUCCGCCCAUCUGCCACACUCUCCUCCCCUUCUUGCAUCUUUCGGUGGAGCACUGCGGGGACUCGGUCCGGGGUGCCGUCUCCCCCUCCCGGGGGAAAGCUGUAACCCCUCCGCAGAAGCUGCGGGGCGGCGGGGCGGCGUGUGUGUGGCGGGGGGAGAAGAUGGCGACGUUGGGAAGCGAACCCCAACCUUUCGUCCCUGCUCUCUCAGUGGCUACUCUGCACCCACAUCAUCAACCCCACCACCAUCACCACCAGCAGCAGCAGCACCACCAGCAGCAGCACCACGGAGGAACCGGAGCCAACGGCGGGGCUGGAGGAGGCGGUGGCGGCAGCAGUGGGGGCUUCAAUCUGCCCUUGAACCGGGGGCUGGAGCGCGCGCUGGAGGAAGCGGCCAACUCCGGGGGGUUGAACCUCAGCGCCAGGAAAUUGAAGGAAUUUCCCAGGACCGCGGCUCCUGGGCACGACCUUUCAGACACGGUGCAAGCAGACUUAUCUAAAAACAGACUGGUUGAAGUUCCAAUGGAAUUGUGCCAUUUUGUAUCACUGGAAGUUCUUAAUCUAUAUCAUAAUUGUAUCAAAGUCAUUCCUGAGGCCAUCGUUAAUCUGCAGAUGCUGACCUACUUAAACUUGAGUCGAAAUCAGCUGUCCGCCCUGCCCGCCUGCCUGUGUGGUCUGCCUCUCAAAGUCUUAAUCGCAAGUAACAACAAACUUGGAUCACUGCCAGAAGAGAUAGGUCAGCUCAAACAGUUAAUGGAGUUGGAUGUCAGCUGCAACGAGAUCACAGCCUUGCCCCAGCAGAUAGGUCAAUUGAAAUCUCUACGAGAACUGAAUGUCAGAAGAAAUUACCUUAAAGUUUUACCACAAGAGCUAGUAGAUCUUCCCUUGGUAAAGUUUGACUUUUCCUGCAAUAAAGUGCUCGUGAUUCCCAUUUGUUUUAGAGAGAUGAAGCAGCUGCAAGUAUUACUACUUGAGAAUAACCCUUUGCAGUCUCCUCCAGCACAGAUUUGCACAAAGGGCAAAGUGCACAUAUUCAAGUAUCUGAGCAUACAAGCAUGCCAGAUUAAGACUGCUGACUCCCUGUAUCUCCACACAAUGGAGAGGCCACAGUUACACCAGCAUGUGGAAGACAGCAAGAAGGAUUCUGAUUCAGGCGUUGGAAGUGAUAAUGGAGAUAAGCGAUUAUCUGCCACAGAGCCUUCUGAUGAAGACACAGUUAGCCUCAAUGUGCCAAUGUCAAAUAUCAUGGAAGAAGAACAGAUCAUCAAGGAGGACUCGUGCCAUCAUCUUAGUCCAGUAAAAGGGGAAUUUCAUCAGGAAUUUCAACCAGAGUCUUCCCUUGUGGGUGACAAUGACAGCUUAGGAGAAGAAAGAGACCAAUUUACCCAUGGAACAGAUGUUCUUCACUCGGAAUUUAUAAACUAUAAUAAGGAUGGGGCAGAGGACUGUGAAGAACUGUUACGGAUAGAAGAGGACACACACUGGCAGUCUGAGGGAAUAAUAAGUUCAUCCAAAGACCAGGACAUGGAUAUAGUGAUGAUUGAACAUAUGAGAGAAGCAGUAGAUCUGCUACAAGACCCCAACAGAUUAAGCACAGAUAUUACAGAGAGAAGUGUUGUAAACUUUUAUCCUACGGAAUCAGCAGAAGCCUUAGAAUUACAAGAUUCUGCACUAAAUGGUCAAAUACAGCUGGAGACAUCUCCGGUGUGUGAGGUGCAAAAUGAUCUAACAUUACAGAGUAAUGGGAGCAAGUAUUCUCCAAAUGAGAUUAGCGAGAACACCCCAGCAAUCUCUCCUACCACCAACAGUACAGCUCCAUUUGGCCUGAAGCCUCGAUCAGACCCAGCCCUCACUCUUCCUCCUAUCUCCUUCAACAAACUUACACAGGCACAAACAUGGGACAACUCUAGCUACAGUGUUCCAUCUGAAGGAGACAGUGACAAUGUAUUUCUAAGACCUCAGAGAAAUUUGGAAUCUAUAGACCCGCAGUUUACAAUUCGGAGGAAAAUGGAACAGAUGAGAGAAGAAAAAGAACUGGUGGAACAACUCCGUGAGAGCAUUGAGAUGAGACUCAAGGUCAGCUUGCACGAGGACCUGGGGGCUGCGCUCAUGGAUGGCGUUGUCCUCUGCCAUCUGGUCAAUCAUAUCCGCCCACGAUCUGUUGCAAGCAUCCAUGUCCCCUCACCAGCAGUUCCCAAGCUUAGCAUGGCCAAAUGCAGAAGAAAUGUGGAAAAUUUUUUGGAAGCAUGCCGAAAAUUAGGAGUACCAGAGGCUGACCUCUGCUCUCCGUGUGACAUCCUGCAGUUGGAUUUUCAUCACAUUCGAAAGACUGUUGACACUCUUCUGGCCCUCGGGGAGAAACCCCCACAACCAACUACUGCCUUUCGCUCCAGGGACCUAAUAAGCUUUUGUCUUGUCCAUACUUUCUUUAUAGUGCUGAUCUAUGUCACUUACCACUGGAAUGCUCUGUCCACGUAAUGUCUGCAUGUGCGUCCAAGCACUCUGCUCUGUCACCCAGAUCCAUUACGGGGUCCUUCCUUCAUGUGAGCCUUUGCUUUGCAACUUCCAUCCUUGUUACCUCUCCAGUAGUCACUCGAGUUUCAAAGCUGAACAUUUACAAAUCAGAUCUUCCAAAAGCACAAACUUUAUAGAAUGCAGUUCCCAUUAAGUAACUUUUCUCACUCACUGAAAAACAGUGACAACAAAGUGUGUUCAUACCUCACACUUCCUCAUUCACACAGUGCCCGCAGCAGUACUGUGCAGUUCCUUUUCUCUCUGUCGAGCGUCACUGUGCUGACUGGCGUCACUGUGCUGACUAGCAUGGAAGAGAGUUUCAGAACAGGAGCAAAGGGGAUUUAUCAUAUGGAAAUUUUUCUUUUGCAGUAUUUAAGUCAAAACCCACUUAAUUGAACUAUAGAGGGACCACUUUGCAGAGGAAACAGAAAAAUGGCAUUUGGGCCCAAUUCAGUCUAUACAAAUCUUACUAACAGCACCACUGACCACGUUGAAAAAUACCAUCUGGAGAAUGACUGCUUGCCUGGCCUUUCCAUUGGAUUCCUCCCUUCUUUCUGCAGUGGGAGCUGUGAAGGGCACCAGGGAAAGUUGCCACCAGCUUCUACCCUGGACCAGGCCCUCUGCCCUGCAGCAUGAGACUAAGCUGUGCAGAACAGCGCUGGGCAAGGAAGGGGCCAUUGCUGUUAGAGCACCACAUGGAGGAUUUGCUCGGCACCAAUUUCCAUGUAUUUUUACUUCUUACUUAUUAGCCUGUACUCAGAGGCUCUUAGAAAAACAUUUUCCAGAAGAGAUUUCUAUUUUUAAAUAAUGUAAUAGGUCAUUUUGGCUUUUGCUACAUCCCAUCGUAAUGGCAGGUACAGAAUGUGAUGGAUUUGACUGUAGUUGUUUUCAAACAAAGCCAUGAGUCAUGGAACAUUCUUGGUCCUGGGGCUUGGAUUUACUAUGGCAGGAGCUAAUAAUAAGCUUGCUCUUAUUUUAGAAGAAUUUAAUUUCUCUGACGAAUUGAAAUUUCCAUUUAACCUUUGUUUUCCAGUGACAUUAGCAAGCUGCUUUUAUUUGUGGAUUAACUAUAUCUGCUUUAUAGCAAUGUGGUCAGUUUGUAAUUAAAAGAUAAAACCAGUAGAAUCUUAUCUAGGCCAGGAUAUUCCUGGUUUUGGGAUGUCUUUUUCUAAUAAGAGAGUGUCCUGUUACAAGGUUAAGGAAUCUCCUGUGCUUUAGUCUACGUCUGGUUGCAAAAUACUGUUUCUUAAAUUAGUGAGCUGAUAGAGUUAACUUCAUCAAGAUAAAUUUGAAGUUUACUGAGAUGCAAAUGGUCAUCAUAGAUAGCUACUGAGAAGAUAAUUGUAUUUUUCUGAAUAUUUCUAUGAAUCCAGGCUACUGGAGAAUGUGGAACACCCAUGGAAGAGUAUCUUUAUAAAUGUUCUUUGUUGUUAAAUCAGCUAAGAUUUUCUAACAGAAAACAUUCUUGGCAUGAUAAUAUCUUGCGUUAACUGAGCUUUUUCCUCCUGAUUUUGUAAUGACGUGAAAUACAGGGUAUGUGGAAGUUAUCGAAUAACCUCCAUUGUGUAUAGAUAACCUGCAGAUGUACUAAAUCAACUUUGGUGCUAUCUUGUACUCUUCAAUCUGUAACACAAUAAAAUCCCUUUGUACCAUGUCUGAAGAGCACAUUGAGCCAUAAGUUGCUUAAUAAACACUUUGGGGUAAUUAUUCCAAGUUUUUGUCGGCCCAUCGGUACAUUUAUUUGUGCACACCCAGAGUAGUGCUCAGCAUUUCCAUCUGUCUCUGCAGGGCAUUGAGUCUUCCCAUUAAUGAUCACCCUUAGGGUUUUUUUCUUCUUUAUGGGGCCUAAGGGGGAGGAGAGAGAUGAUUCACUGGUGGCCACCUGAAAGAAAAUUCUAUCAAUAAAAAACUGAGUAGAACAAUCGUGUGAGAUCCGAUUUAAUUUUCAUGUUGACAUUGUUCUCAAACUAUGUUAAUAUUUCAUUUCUGGUGUCCAAAGUAUCUUUGGACACACUUUUAUUUUUCAUGCCAUUACUGUAUCUGUACCCUACUGUGCUGCUCCUCUUGGGAUCUGUUGGAUGAUUGGUAUUUUUUCAUCAAAUAGUAUAGUAGCUAGCAGAACACAAUUAAUUUAGCCCUUUAGGCAAAACACUGAGUGAACUGCCUCACCUAUUGUCAAGCUGUUAAUUUCUAUUCGGAAUAUUAAGUGGCUUCAUGGUUCUUCUCCGAGGUUCCCGUCAAAGGCAAGCGUGAUGCUGCCAUUGUAGUGUGACUGCCAAACACCUUGUCAUCUGUCAGGUGGGCAGGGAUUUAGUUGUGUGAUUUGUGUGUGCAUAUUAAACCUCCUUCCUCUUGCAAGAAAGACCUUUUUUU